AUGCUUAGUGGCGAAACCCCCCGCACUUUGCGUGUUGGUGUCAUUGUGUCCGCUGUCGUCAAUAGAAUCAACAGCGGCUUCGUCAAUGUCCGACUGGAUUCUGGCAUCGAGGCAACUAUCAAUGCUCAAUACAUCGCAGACAAGCCCGAUAAUCCCAACAAACUUGUUAAGAAGGGUCAGACCGUCACCGGCGUUAUCAUCGACUGCAGAAUCGAGGAAGACAACAAAGAGACGUUGUUCGUCGAGCUAUCAACGCGUAACAGGGAGCACGACAAGGACAAGGACGCUCUCGAACGCAAGAAACGUCAGCAGACGGAUAGGUCCCGCAGGGUUAUCAAGCAUCCCAACUUCCACAACUUCAAUUACGCGCAGGCCGAGGCUUAUCUUGAGAAGCAGCAGCGCGGCGACGUCGUCAUCCGCCCUUCAUCGAGGGGCAACGACCAUUUGGCUGUUACUUGGAAAGUGGACACUGGUCUUUACCAACACAUUGAUGUCGUCGAGAAGAACCCAGAUCCCACGGGCCAGACAGCGGGAGGGUAG